AUGAUAAAAAUUAAACCCAACGUAAUUAGACCACAAAAUUACGACGACACUGAUGUAUUCCCUCAUCCCUGUGAAAAUACAGAUAGCGAAGAGAUGUGCAGGAGGCUAAUUCCAAGAAUUCCUCUUCAUCGCACUGAAAUGAAUCCAAGGCCUGCUCGAACAAUGAGACCUGCAGGUGUGGCGCACGUCUGUAACAUUUGUGGCAAAAUGUUAGCGCAUUCGUAUCCAUUGCCUAUAUCUGAAGUCUGCCUCUUUCAAGAAGCCUAUCACUGUCAUUGUGGAAAAGUGUACUACAAGAAAACCUCCUACAAGCAUCAUCUGACUAUUUACUGUGGAAAAGAAAAGAAAUUUGAAUGCCCCUUUAAACAGUGCUCCUAUAAAUCAAAAUUGAAAACAAAUUUAAAAAGACAUAUGUUACAGCACCAAAAGAUGCCCCAGAAUCCUGAUCCAUUUAUUAUUGAGAGGGGAGAACUGCAACCUCCAGUUGUUCUUCAGCAAGAUUUCUUGGAAUUUGACCAAAUACUCGUUCCACCAACACUGGAAAAACUUCUAGAUCCGUCAGGAAAAUCUCCCAAAAAACAUAAAGAGCACAGAAACUCCAUAAAAAAGUUCGCAGAUAACAUAGUCCGUCCAGGUUACAGUCCAGAUUCACAGUUUGCUUGCCGACAUUGCGGAAAACGGUACAAAUGGAAGUCAACUAUGAGGAGACACGAACAAGACGAAUGUGGCGACCAAGAGCCCAAAUUUCAGUGUCCUCUUUGUCCGUACAAAGCCAAACAAAAAGGAAAUUUAAGAGUGCAUAUUAAAAAACACCAUCCGAUUGGUUCGGCUGCAGCCGCUUUUGUUCAAGAAGAAAAGUCUGAUAUAAACCAAAACGUUCUUUUAGAGAAAACUGCUAUAGCUUGUCCAAAAUGCAACAAGAAGUACAAAAAUGUAGCGUCAAUGAGAUCGCAUUACUCACAUGACUGUAGGGAGAAAAUUGAGUACGUUUGUAACAUUUGUCAAUAUACCACAAAGAGGAAAUAUAGUUUUAGGCUACACUUAGUAAGGAAGCAUAAUAGUAUUAUUUCCCCUGAGGGCACUUAAACAAAGUGAAGCAGUUUAAAUGACGAUAUCUCAAGUACUAAUUGAGCCCCUCGUACUAUUUUUUUAAUUUAGGCUAUGAAUAUCAAAUUAUGUAAAUAAAUAAUUUUAUGCUUUUUUCUGUAAGAUAUUAAAGAGGAAACAGUAGCGAUCAACAGGUAGCAAAAACGCGUUCCAAGAUUGCGGCUGUAAUUUUGAAUAUUUUUUCGAGAUAUUUGGCACACGUAUUCGUAAUAUAAUAAAGAAUGGCGGUACAGAGCCCAAUUUGAAAAAUAUAUUAAUGUGUGGAAAUUACUCUGUAAUUAAAUACAAUAUUAAAAAAACGAGCCUGUACCGCCAUUAAGAAGAACAAAAAAAUACACUUUCUUCAAAUAAACUUUUUUAUCCGAUGCCUAGAUUUUGUGUCAUUUUGGAACUACUAAUGAAAUAAAAAAUUUUAGUAGUUCCAAAAUGACACAAAAUCUAGGCAUCGGAUAAAAAAGUUUAUUUGAAGAAAGUGCAUUUUUUAUUCUUCUUAAUGGCGGUACAGGCUCGUUUUUUUAAUAUUGCAUUUAAUUACAGAGUAAUUUCCACAUAUUAAUAUAUUUUUCAAAUUGGGCUCUGUACCGCCAUUCUUUAUUAUAUUACGAAUACGUGUGCCAAAUAUCUCGAAAAAAUAUUCAAAAUUACAGCCGCAAUCUUGGAACGCGUUUUGGCUACCUGUUGAUCGCUACUGUAUCACCUUAUACAACACAAUAAACAGACAACCGUAAAAAAUUAAGUGUAUAUAAAUUUCCUCGUUGAGGAUGAGUACAAAAAUUUAAUAAAACUUUCCAAUAAAAAUAUUCUCAGGG